GCGCGUGGAAGCAACCGAAACGAGCGUGGAAUAUACCCUGAAUAGAACCACUAAAUUAGGGUUUUCAUCACAGUGUUAAGUUUGAACGAAACCAAACAUGGCGAGUGAAGAGCUCCUCAAGCCCUUCUACCAGAGAGCUAUCGAGGCCGAGGAACGAUUAUCCAGGCUAGAAGCCGUUCUAGUAGGCAACAAAGAUGCGGCAAAACAGGAACCUUCCCAAUUAAUAACUGAAUUACAGGCGAAGUUAGAAGCUGCAAAUGCUGAGGCACUUUCAGAGCGAGAAAAGGCUAAGCAGUUGGCCAUGGAAAAUGAAAAACACAAAUAUCGGAUUUCACAUCUUGUCCGAGCAGUUAAGGAGGCUGAUCAGAAAUUGGAGUGUAUGAAAGUGUCAGCAGGUCAUGUUUCAGAGGCAACAGAACAGACAUCUUCAAAGUUGGAGGCCAUGAGAUUAUGAGUUUGGUCCUUGAAGAUUGUCAUUCUAGCUGAAACAAAGUCUUAUGCUUUAUCACUAAAGAACGAUAUGCAUUGUUUUCAAACGUUUCUCGUCGACCCGGCAUUCGUAAACAUUUUCCUUGCGACUUUGUAUAAUCAUUUGGUGCAUCAUUACAUCUUGGAGAAACUUUUUCAA